UCAACAUGACAAAUAAAACGUCAAGCGAACUGCGAAGGCACAUGCGGAGUACGGAACGGGCAUGUUGUUUACAAUCGUAUAACCUGAAAAAUGAAAACAAUUCGUAACAAUUAAAAUAAAAUAGCUUAAAAAUGGUGAAACGGUGAAACAUUUUAAGGAUAUGAAGAUGUCUAUAUCUGAAGAUGAUGCGGAUGUGGCGAUUCCUAAUGAAAACGGGAAGCGUCCUGCCGACGACCAAAACAAGGACACGAAAAAACGUAUUAAAACUAGGGGUCUGUACCGACAACCCACAGUCAACGAACUGAACAGACUUCAGGAAACAGAGAAUUUGUUCAACUCAAAUUUAUUUAGGUUGCAAGUUGAAGAAAUAUUACAAGAAGUUCAAAUAAAAGAGAAAACAGAGAAAAGGUUUCAACAAUGGUUUACAGAUUUUAAAAUAUAUUUGGAAGCAAUUUCGAAUGACGAUACCGAGUAUAAUUUAUCAGAACAGACAUUAGUGAAGAAAUUGAAAGUGAAAUUGCCUGUAUCCGAUAAGCUCUCAAAGACUAGAUGUAUGUUCAAAUUUUACAAGUUUAAAGAUGUGCGCAUUGUUGGUUCUCACUCAUUGGGGUGUGCAAUAAACUCCAAAUUAAGGAUUGACAUACAAUUAUCUGUCCCAGCACAGACUUACACGAAAAACGACUCUAUUAACUACAGAUAUCAUAAAAAACGUGCAGCAUACUUGGCAUUCAUUGCAUCCCACUUAUCAAAAACGGAGAGCGUGCAGGAUUUGCAGUAUACAUGGGUGGAUGGUAGCGAGACAAAGCCUGUUCUUGAUUUUAAGCCUAGCGGGAAACUGGGGAAUCAUUUGUCUGUCCGUAUCAACUUGGUUUGUGAGGAAGAGAGUUACAAGCUCCAUAGAUUUAGCCCUACACGUAACAAUCUACGUGAGGCUUGGUUACUGGGUUCUGAAGGUGAAAGUACAGAUAUUGGUUCUCCAACACCAUACUACAACAGUUCUGUACUCAGCGACUUAACAGCAGAAGCCAAUCAGGAACUCCUGAAUGAGAUAUUAUUAAAAAGUGAGAAUUUGAAACAAGCUGUAAUAUUAUUGAAGAUAUGGCUCCGUCAGAGAGACUUGGCGGUGCCAGGACAUGUGAUUAAUUUGAUUGUUGCAUAUUUUGUACAGAACAAGAGAGUUAACAAUAUAAUGAGUAGCUAUCAAAUUGUUAGGAACAUUUGGAUUGCAAUAAAAACAUCAGAAUGGGACACAAAAGGCAUAAGUCUUCACAAAGGUACAGACACACCUGCCCUCGAAGAGUUCCACCAGCAUUUUCCAGUGGUGUUCAUCGAUAAGACAGGAUACUACAACAUAUGCUGGCAAAUGUCUAAAGGAAUAUAUUACGCGUUGAGGAGAGAGAGUGCCCUCGCAGUAGAUAUGCUAGACAAUCCGAAGAUUAACAGCUUUCUACCACUUUUCAUGAUUCCUGUGAAACCAUUGAUGAAGUUUGAUCAUAUAUUGCGGUUCAAAAAUUUGGAAAACCUCAAAAACAUCAUAAUCAGCAAGUCAUCAAAAGAGUCCAGGCUGUACUAUGGUCUGGAGACACUAGCUCUGGUGACUGAAACUGUGCUGUCAUUGCUUAUCAAGGGUCUCGGCAACAGAGCUGACCUGAUCCAGCCUCUGGUUGAUGCUAAUUUCUCUUGGCCUGUGAAGAAAAAGGCUGACAAAGGACAUGAAGAGAAGUUAUCGUUUGGUUUGAUAUACAAUACCGAGCAUGCAUUGAACACUGUGGAAAAAGGUCCACCCGCCAACCUGCCUGAGGCCGAACAGUUUAGAGCGUUUUGGGGCGACAAGUCGGAGCUACGCCGUUUCCAAGACGGGUCCAUAACUGAGACGUGCGUGUGGGAGGCGGAGUCAGCGGCUGAUAGACGGGCCAUCACCACGCAAAUUAUCAACUACCUACUGGAACUCAAGUUUGGUAUUCCCGAGGCGGCUGUGUACCACGUGUCGGAGCAGCUGGAGGGCGCGCUGUGCCGGCGGCGCUGGGGCGCGGACGCGGCGGCGCGCGCGGAGGAGAGCGCGGCGCGCACGCUGCACGCCUUCGACGAGCUGCGCCGCGACCUGCGCCAGCUCACGCAGCUGCCGCUCAACGUCAGCGCCGUAUAUGGUGUGUCUUCAGUAUUCAGCUACAGUGACCCGCUGCCCCCCCUCCCGCGGGCCCCCGCCAACAAGCCGUGGCGGCGCGGCGACGCCAGUCUCAUCAAAACCAUCACCAAGGACGACGGCACCGCGCUGCUGCCGGAGUACGUGCCAGUGUGCAAGACUGUUUUGGAACUCGGACACAGCGGUAAAUGGCCAGGAGAUAUCGAGGCCUUCCGCUGCCUAAAAGCAGCGUUUCACCUGCAAAUAUCAGACCGUCUUCGCGAGCAGUACUCCCUGCCGGCUCAAGCUUACCCCACGCAUGUGGACGUCCUGAAGAACGGCCUGGUCUUCAGGCUAGUGAUAGCGCAUCCCAAGGAGAUUACGCUGCUGCGAAGGGAAAUGGAGAAUGGAGUGGUUAAACAUACCGAGAAUGAGGAGAGUGUGAUGUUGCAACGUGAUACUGUCCUCCUGCCGCGGCUUAGAGGGGCUCUGCAUGGCCUUCAUCAAAAGUACCCAGCGUUUGGUCCUACAGCGUGCCUGCUCAAGCGAUGGCUGUCUGCUCACCUUCUCUCGGGUCAUGUCCCGUCCGUGGUGGCGGAGUUGCUGACCGCCGCGGUGUUCGUCCACUCGCCCCCCGUGACCCCACCGGCGAGCCCAACGCUGGGCUUCUUCAGAGUGCUGGACCUGUUGGUGCGCACCGAUUGGACCACGGAUGUCAUCGUGCUCGACUUUAAUGAGGAUAUGACGCGUGAAGAGAUAUCCGAGCUGGAGCGCAAACUGACCUCCGGCGAGACUCCCGCGCCGUGCCUCAGGAUAGUGACGGCGUACGACGACAACACGCCUGCCAUAUGGAGCGCGAGCCAGCCCACCGCGCCAGUGCUCGCGCGAGUCACUGCACUGGCGAGCAGCACGCUCCAGUACGGGUACAAGCAGAUGAUGGAAGAGUUUGGCGAUCAUUUACUCGGCGCGUUCAUCCCCUCCCUCUCCGGGUAUGACGUGGUGCUGCACCUGUCCCCCCCGCUGGUGCCUCACGCGGGGGAGCGGGUGGACAAGAAGCCCACGCUACGGCGCAUGCCCGCCGACGUCCUCACUGACCUUAUACCCGUUGUGGAGUUCCAUCCGGUUAUGAAAUACUUGGAGGAGUUGAGGAACGCAUACAGCGAGUUCGCGUUGUUUUUCCACGACCGCUACGGCGGCGUCGACAUCGCCGUGUUGUGGAAACCCGACAUCAACGACCUGAGAGAUUUCCAGGUGGCCAACGCACAUGCCUUAGUGCCAGUGACAGUGGACGGUGAAACUAAAUACAAAGUGAACACGGCAGCACUAGUGGAGGACUUCAGGAUACUCGGAGAGGGACUUGUCAAGGAUAUUACUGUGAACUCGUGAUUAAAACAUACUAUUUUAUGAAUGUGCGUUGAUGAAAAAUAAAAAAGAAUAUAUAUUACAGAGGUUUUAUUAUGUGGAAUCCAGUUUCAUCCUAGAGUUAUUGGUUUAGUUUUGUAGUAGUUUUAACACGGUUUCGCAGAGUAUUCUUUGCCACGCCCGGGGGCUCACCAAGUAUCUUAAAUAAUAGUAUAAAAGUGA